AUGUUGUAAACGCACGCGAGAUUAAAAACCCUUCCCUUGUUCCCUUUCGCCGCUUGGGCUCUCUCUGAACCUUGUUUUCCCUCUUUCCUCUCCUUUUAACCACCAUCUCUGGCGACAACCGCACGGCAACCAUGGAUCGCGCAGUAAAACACGAGCCGUCGUCACUACCCUCCUCCCCCCUCUCCGUCCUGUCCAACUCGCCUUCAUUGCCGUCAUCUCCGCCGAUAAUCCUGGAUGCGUCCCGCAGGUAUCCGUCGCCAAUUUCGAGCACGAUCCCCUCCGGCAGCGCUUCUCCAAUGAAGCAGUCGGACGAGAACGAGAUAUGCGUGAGGACCGAUGGUCCGCCGCCAGCCAAGCGCCGCAAGAUCUCGCCGGCCAAGCCGAGGACUACCGAGUACGUCGACCUGGAGAGCCUGGGCGAAGAGGACGAGGCCCAAUUAGACCGACUGUUGUCGGCGCUGCGGAAGAAGAAGAAGAUCGUCGUCAUUGCGGGCGCCGGCAUCUCUGUGUCAGCCGGAAUUCCCGACUUCCGGUCCUCAACGGGCCUCUUCAGCACCCUGCGCGGCCAGCACAAGAUCAAGGCCUCAGGGAAACACCUGUUCGAUGCAUCUGUAUACAAACAUGACUCUUCGACGACGUCAUUCCAUACCAUGGUGCGCGAGCUGGCGCACAUGACCUCGGAGGCCAAGCCUUCCGUCUUCCACCACAUGCUGGCAUCAAUUGCCGAGGAGGGCCGCCUCAUGCGCCUCUACAGCCAGAACGUCGACUGUAUCGACACUCAGAUCCCACCACUCGCCACUAAUGUACCCCUAAACCUGAAGGGCCCCUGGCCGACUACUAUCCAGCUCCACGGAGGUCUCGAGAAGAUGGUGUGCUCCAAGUGUGGCCACCUAGAGGCCUUCAAUGGUUCUUUAUUCGAGGGCCCUCAGCCCCCACCUUGUACUAGCUGCCAGGAACAGGACGAGGUGCGCACUACUUUCGCGGGAAAGCGAAGUCACGGCAUCGGCCGUAUGCGCCCGAGAAUCGUCCUCUACAACGAGUACAACCCUGAUGAGGAAGCUAUUGGGAACGUGUCACAGGCGGACCUACGCAAGGUCCCAGACGCCGUUAUCGUGGUCGGGACCAGUCUCAAGAUCCCGGGCGUGCGACGACUUGUGAAGGAAUUGUGCCAGGUCACCAGGAGCAGAAGGGAUGGUUUCACCGCGUGGGUCAACAUCGAUCCAGAGCCACAGGGGGCCGAGUUCAAGGACUGUUGGGAUCUUAUUGUGAAGGGGAAAUGUGACGACAUUGCGCAGCUCGCCAACCUGCCACGCUGGGAUGAGCAGGACAUCGGAGUUCGCGAAACCUACAUGGUAACGGGCGACGAGAAGAAGGAGAGGCAGUGCAAAGCUGCCCUGAGUCGCGAUAGAAUCGACAUUCUCCUCGAAAAGAAGCCACGGAUUUCCGAGUCGGGUCCUAUUACCAUCCCUGGUGAGCCUUCGGAGUUGCCAGCCGAGGGUAGGUCGAAGGUCGUUGAGAAGAUUCAAGGCGGAAUCUUGACGCCCAGGGCAAGCCCCAAGCCUCGAAACCAGUUACCAAGCAAGAAGCCGCCCAAGACGAAGCAGAGCAGGCUCUUGUUUGGCGGCUCUGGUGCCACGAGCAGUAACGUCACGACCCCCCAGAAAGUCACCAACGCCAGAAAGCCGCGGCAGAUGCGGCAGAUUAAGAAGGACACGGCCAGGCCGAACAACGGUCUCAACCAAGCCUUCAGGGCGACCAAAUAUGUCUCUGCUCCCGAGAUAAAACAGGAGGCCAAGGAAGAGAUCGUGGCCGACCCCUAUAUUUCGGAGCUGUCCUCGCUAGGGGAGUCCGUCGACGACGGCAACAAGUCUAGGCUGCCGUCUUUGCGGCCCAAAAUCAAGGUACGGUGGCCGCUGGCCAACUAUUUCAAGUGGACGAAAACCCCCGCCGACAACCUCGACAACGCCAACAACCCCGACAACCCCGACAACCCCGCCCUGUACAACAGCCUCGAAGGCCGCCCGGUCACGCCUUCCAACCAGCAUCGUCGAAUUUCAGCGGCGGAGACCAUCUCUCCAACGUCGAAACCCCGUAGUAUGGCGCUUCUGAUCGACUGAUGAUCCGUCGCUGUGAAAACGAUCUAUCUGCCGAUUGUGAUUUAAUAGCGGUGGUUCACCCCCUAGCGACCACCCCCCCACCUUUUUUACUAUUAU